AUGGCAGCUGCCAACAUCACAAGCUCAGAAGCAUUUUUCCUGAUGGGCAUCCCGGGGCUGGAGGAUGUCCAUGUCUGGAUCUCCAUCCCCUUCUGCUGCACAUAUGCCAUUGUGCUGUUGGGGAACUCUGCCAUGCUGUUCGUGAUCCUGUCAGAGAAAAGCCUGCAUGAGCCCAUGUACAUUUUCCUUUCCCUACUGGCCAUCUCAGACCUCAUCCUCAGCUCCACAACCGCCCCUAAGAUGUUGCUUAUACUAUGGUUCAAUGCUGGGAAGAUCACAUUCGAGGCCUGUCUCACCCAAAUGUUCUUUGUCCAUUCGGUGUUUUCUUUUGAGUCUGGGGUCCUGCUGGCCAUGGCAUUCGAUCGCUAUGUCGCUAUAUGCACCCCCCUGAGAUACACCACCAUCCUCACCAACCAAGUCAUCGGGAAAAUAGGGGCGGCGGAUCUCAUGAGAAGUGUGUGCAUUGUUCUCCCAUUCAUCUUCCUCCUGAAGAGGCUGCCAUACUGUGGCCACACCGUCCUCCCGCACACAUACUGCGAGCACAUGGGCAUUGCCCGGCUGGCUUGUGCCGACAUCACCGUCAAUGUUGUAUAUGGCCUCACUGUGGCUCUUCUUGCCAUGGGCUUAGAUAUUAUUCUUAUUGCUGCAUCCUACGCCCUGAUCCUCCAAGCCAUCUUCCGGCUCCCAUCCAAGGAUGCCCGUCUCAAGGCUCUCAGUACCUGUGGCUCCCACCUCUGUGUCAUUGUGAUAUUUUACCUCCCUGCUUUCUUCUCUUUCCUCACUCACCGGUUUGGGCACAACAUCCCCCGCCACAUUCACAUUAUCCUGGCAAACCUCUAUGUGCUGGUGCCUCCCAUGCUGAACCCCAUCAUUUAUGGGGUGAAAACCAAGCAGAUCUGGGAGAAGGUGCUGAAGAUCCUCCUUGUGAGA